ACGGCCAGUCCCCUUGAUCACAUGGGAUUGGAAUCUAGUUGAGAGAAACUUUUGGCUGCUUAAUCCGUUCUGAGAUAUUGAUCAGAUUGACUGGUUGUCAGCACGGAAAACGGUCAAGGACAAAGACAGAGAAGGAACGGCGGGAAAGCCGUAUGCUCUUCAGAUGAGGAUCGGACUCUCCAGUGCGCCAUGUGCCCGGGAGGGGCUGGUUUUGGUGGCAGAGCGCAGGGACAGAGAGCGCAGAGGGAGAGAGGAGGAGGAAGAGAGGGCAGGACUGGCAGGGUGCGGUCUGAAGUGGCAACAGUUCCCCGUGGAUCACCCAAUUCCCUUCAGUUCAACUGGAAAGCUGCAGCUUGUCGCAUAUGGAGAAGUCCAGAGCAGGACAUCGAGUAAAACGAGCGCACAAGGGGCUGGUGUUCUUUCAGAUUCCCUGGUGCACAAGAAUGAGGAGGGCAGAGAAACCACAACAUUGAAACUUGGAUGCCAGCAGCCGCACUCUCUCUCUUUAACUCUCACACCCACCCAAUCGACUUUGAACCUGUUUGUUUAAAUACCCGGACUUUACAGCCUGCACACAUGCUGCUGAUAUCGUCAGGCGGUUCAUGAGUUCCUCUAAUCUGCAGACGUAAAAAAAUAUUUUUGGUAUUGCAAUGGUACCACAUGGAGAAAAACGGAUGACCUUAUUUCAUCCAAUAUUUUCAGACGCGGUGCUUUAUUUUUCACUGACAAAUGGAAACUAAACCGGAGAGGCACUGAAGACAUCUCUCUCUCUCCCCACGGGAGAGUCCACCCUCCUUCUCCCGGGGCGAUGCGGAUCUCCUUCCUCCUUCUCGCAGCCUCUCUGUGCGCCUCUGUCCUCCUCCUCGCACCUGUCUCGGAGGGCUGCGGGCCGGGGAGGGGACACGGCAAGAGGCGGCUCCCCAAGAAGCUCAUCCCGCUCGCCUACAAGCAGUUCAGCCCGAACGUGGCCGAGAAGACCCUGGGAGCUAGCGGGCGUCCCGAGGGGAAAAUUACUCGCAACUCCGAGCGCUUCAAGGAGCUCACACCGAACUAUAAUACAGAUAUAAUCUUCAAAGAUGAAGAGGACACGGGCGCAGACAGGCUCAUGACUCAGCGUUGUAAAGACAAGCUAAACUCUUUGGCCAUCUCUGUGAUGAACAUGUGGCCAGGUGUGAAGCUGAGAGUGACAGAGGGCUGGGAUGAAGAUGGUCAUCACUCAACAGACUCGCUGCACUAUGAGGGGCGUGCUGUCGAUAUCACCACCUCAGAUAGGGACAGAAAUAAGUAUGCCAUGUUGGCCCGCUUGGCUGUAGAAGCUGGAUUUGACUGGGUCUACUAUGAGUCCAAAGGCCACAUUCACUGUAGCGUCAAGUCAGAGCACUCAGUGGCAGCCAAAACGGGAGGAUGUUUCCCUGGCGAUGCUCAGGUCAUUGUAGAUGGCGGGCACACCAAAGAGAUGCGUGACCUCCUCCCCGGUGACCGGGUCCUGGCGUCGUCCUCAACAGAUGUCCACGCUCAGCUUCUCUACAGCCCCAUUGUGUCCUUUCUGGAUCGCCGGCCCAAUGCAACGAGGACUUUCUAUGUAAUCGGGACGGAUGGACAACAUAACCUUACUCUCACAGCUGCUCACCUGAUCUUUGUCACAGACUGUGUCAGGAGACCAAGGAAGUCAGGGCAGGAAGAAACAUCUCAGGGAACCAAAUAUUUUGGUUCCAUGUGGCAGAGGAGGGGACGUGAGGAAGGUAUGAGGACAGUUUUUGCCACCGAAGUCCAGCCUGGACAGUGUGUGUUUACAACCUCUGGCAGAUCAAAGUCACGUCCAAGACUCUCAGUUGUGACCUUUGUUGAGGAGCAGAGAAGCACUGGGUUAUAUGCCCCUCUUACCCAGCAUGGGUCUAUAGUGGUAAACGGCGUGUUGGCAUCUUGCUAUGCUGCUGUGGACAGUCAUUAUUUGUCCCACUGGGUCUUGGCUCCAUUGAGACUUGUUUACAGAAUAAUAGGACCCUCACAAGUGCAGAUUGAUGGGCUUCACUGGUACCCCUGGAUUCUGCAAAGGCUAGGGAAAGUGUUGCUGGGCACUGGACACUUCCACCCCUGGGGCUUUGACCAGUGACAUCAAAGGGAGGAAGAAAGAGAAGCUUCAGGAUGAUGGCAUCUUUUAUUCACCUGCAUUCAGGGGCACAAUAAAAAAAGCACAACUGUAUCUUGAAUAAAACUGAUUUAAAGUGUAAAUAUAUUUUGCACUUACUCCAAGUGCCUAUAUUUGCUGUACUCUAACAAAUCUCUUGCCUAUGCAACUGUGUAAGUCAACAGAGGAUUUGAAUUGCAUGAAUAUCAGAAGACAACUAAAGCUCUUAUUCAUCUAAAAAGUCUUGUUAUCAAUUUGUUUAAUUCUUAUUGAAAUCUGUCACUAUUUGUGCUGUCUGUUGAGAUUUAAACAUGAUCCCAAUUUUUUGAGAAUGAAAAAAGAAAGUGAACAAGGAAAUAUUUGAAGAAACGUAAGAGGAAGAUUGAGAAAGCAAAAGAUUUAUGGAGUUGUAAAGCUUUUAUAUGUUAAUAGGUAUUUAUACAUAUACAACCAAAUAUGAAUAGAUUAAAGGUUUACUUCCAGAAGUCUCUCUUUCUACACUCUUUGUCACAUCUACACCUUUUAUUUUUAGUCAACACAGUGUGAUGCAGAGCAGUAAUGCACAGAUUUGAAAAGUAGUUAAACAUUUGUAAAAGGCUUGUCUAUAUGAAGCCACUAAAUGGCAUGAAAUGAAGGUGUGUAUAAAAACAGAACAAAUCUCUUUAAAAACCAGCCCAUCUUUUCACUUGUUUUCCUGUCUUCCAUCAGCUUUUAAACAAAUUAUCUUCCUCUUAUCCAAAUGUUUCAUUUACAAUCUUUUUUUUUUUUUUAUCAGGUGUGUUAUUGAAGAGAUUUGUUUUCAUUGUUUCAAGGUGUCACUUUUCAGGUCAGUAAUAUGACUCAGGCUCUAAUCAACUACUGUAUUAAAUAUCUUCUAUGCAUCUUGUUAAAUAGCAGUAAUUAUCACAAUUAUCGGAGAGAAAUGAGUUUCUAAUGUAAUAAUGGCAAUAUCCUGUUAUUUUUGUACUUUGUCUGUUUCAAAACACCCACAUUGGAGCAGUAAAUUGUUAUCAUUAGCAAUAUUAAUUUUAUGAAAGGAUGUAUAGAAAUGUACAAAUAUCUAAUAUAUAUUUUGGAUUGCCUAAACUGUUUUCGGUAUUGACUUUAGAAUGCUUAAUGAAAAGACACAAUGCAAUUAUCUUAUAACUCCAAGGCAUUUUUACAUGACUGCUCAAAAUUAUUGUCAAAUAUGUACAUUAAAGGUAUUGGAGAAACUAUUUAAAGAUCUAUUUUUAGAAACAAAUGCUGUAUGUUUUAUUAUUUUUGGCAACUUUGUUUAUAAAUUUUGUAUUUGACACAUAAAAGUUUUAAAGAACCAA